UUUUGAUCUUGGCUUCAGGGCGGAAAGGAAAGGCAAAUUGUUUUCCUUCUCGUGUUUUGAAGCUUUGAUACUUCAGAAAGAUGGACUCUAAAGGAGUUCUAGAUGAAAUUUCUGAAAAGAAAAAAGAUAUUGAAUGCAAGCUUGAUGCCGAGCGUCAAAAUUUGUCAUGGCUCAAGGAAACACUGUGUAGAAGCAACCAACUUGCUGGAAACAUGUGCGGGAUUUUGGAUGCAUUUGAGGACCAUUUGUGCAAGCUGGAAGACACUAUAUUGCCGAUUCAUAAAGAGACAAUGGACUUGCAAAGAAGGCAGGGAAAUAUCGACAAGACCUUAACGCUGUUAGACCAAGUCCUUAACUACCAUAAUGUUUCUAACAGCGUCAGAAAAAUUAUCGAAGAUGGGCCUACUGGGUUUCUUGAUGACUAUCUUAAAAGCAUGGAGAAAGUUGAGGAUGCGGUGCGCUUUUUCAAGAAAAACAACCCAGAAAGCAUUGAGCUUUCACUGCUAAAUUCGCUGAAUGAUACAGGAAGAGACCUAUUAAGCAAAGAGUUUCGCACGCUGUUGACAAGGCAUAGCAAGCCAGUUCCAGUUAUCACUAUUUAUGACAUGCUGAAUGCGAUGGCGGAAAACAAUUCUAGUGACAGUGUCAGCCAAUGUUCAGUUGAGGAUGUGAGCAUUGAUCAUCUUCCAGAACGCACAACAAUGGAGUUGAAAACUAUUGCAGGUUGGCUUACAGCCCAUGGCACAAAUACUGACUUUAUGAGUGUUUAUUCUCAGGUCAGAUCAACAGCAUUGAAGCUGUCUUUGCAUGGCAUCAAAGAUGGUGGUAAUACCCCUUCUAACCUUGUUACAACAGUGGGUCGUGCAAGAGCAGCACCUGCUCCUAUUAACCCUAAAAGACCCUCAAGAAUAAGGAGAGAUGGGCGUAAAGCAUCAGUAAAAAUCCAAGACACUAGCCACAGACGGCAACCUGCUUUUCCUGCCAUGGACAAUGUUCUUCUUGAAGAGGAAGAGAAUUCAGAAGUAACUAAGUUCAUAACUUGUACAACUGCUCUACUGAAGUUAAUUCAAAGUGAGAGAACACUUUUACAGGCAGUGAUUCCAGAGCAACAUCAGGUCCCUAUCUUUAGCCAUCUUUUGAAUGAGACAAUUCAAGUGCACAUCAAUGAUGGUGAAGCCCUUUGCAACUCUGCCAAGAGAUUGUUCAAUAAACUUGACCACUCUGCAAUCCAGAUUGUUCUUCCAGUUUUGAAACAUUUGAGGACACUCAGCCAAGAUUUUGAUACAGUCCUGCGCACAGCUAAUGUGGAAACAAGGAAGAAGUUUUUCACACUUUAUUCAUUAUUUGAAUCAACUGGUUACAAGGCAAUGGAUGAGUUUAUUGAAAAGUUGAAGGAAACAGAGAAGCACAUCACAAUGCCAAAAGAUGGAACUGUCCAUGAAGUGACCACAAAUGUCAUGGUUUUCCUGGAGGAUUUGGUGAAAUUUUCUGAAACAACAGGUGUGAUUUUGUCAAGCAAAGAAGAAACAUCAAGACAUGGGAGUACAGACCAUGACAGAAAUGUCGCCAGAUAUAUUUCACAAGCCUUGAUAUGCUUAAGUAGAAGCCUGGCCCUUAAAGCAAAGAGUUAUGAUACCAUUGGCCUGCAGUCAGUUUUCAUGCUCAACAACUACAAUUAUAUUAUUAAGAGUUUAGAAAAAACAGGCUUGAUGUCACUGCUAAAGCAGCAUGGUUUUCCAAACCUGGAAUUCGAGUACAAGGAUACAAUGACAGAAGAAACAAAACAAUAUGAGAAAAGUUGGAAUAAAGUUAUAAAUAACCUUCUUGAAGUGAAUGCGCCUUUAUCGCAAGAGAAGCUGGCAGAAGCUCUAAGCAAAGGUCAUUUGAAAGACAAAUAUAAGCAAGGUAUCAAAGAUAAAUUCAAAGGAUUCAAUACAGACUUUGAUGACCUGAAGCAAGUUCAUAGAAUCUAUGCCAUGCCAGAUGCAGAGUUGAGACUAAGAUUAUACAAAGGAAUUCUAGACCUUGUGUUGCCACUUUACUCAACAUUUUUGCUGAGGUACAGGGAUGUCAAUUUUACAAAAAAUCCAGAGAAAUAUAUCAAGUAUUCUCUAGACGAUUUCAGGAAAAGCUUGGUAACAAUGUUUGAAGUUAGUGCCUUUAUAGAUAAAAAUUAAUCAUCACAGAAACAGUCCUUGACAUUACUGGAAUUAUGAACAAAAAAUAAACUGCAAUCAGAGAAGAAUUUAAUGGAAUAGAUUUGAUUUAAAAAUUAUUAGCUGUGAUAUUAUUUUUGAUGUAAUUUGGAAAUUGUGACAUAAUGUCUACAUUUGUAUAAAACGUAUAAAUCAUUAAAUGGGAAUUCCUGCACUAAAAGCCAAAUCAACAGCUGUUUGUCAUAUAAAACUGACUUUUUGCUCGAAGGAAGUUUACUGAAGUUCAUACCCAAUUUUUCUUCAAUCUCCCUGGAU